AAUACACCAUCGCGGUUGCUGAGGUUCUGAUUGUGCCUAUCUCAGCUUACUACACAAACAUGGAUAUUGACGAGGAAGAGUUCGAGGCCCCAACAUCCAGCAGCAAUCGCGGUGAGCGGAAGCGAUUCGAGGUCAAGAAAUGGAACGCGGUAGCCUUGUGGGCUUGGGACAUUGUAGUGGACAACUGUGCGAUCUGUCGAAACCACAUUAUGGAUCUCUGCAUCGAGUGCCAGGCAAAUCAAGCAUCAGCAACUAGCGAAGAAUGCACGGUGGCUUGGGGUGUUUGCAAUCAUGCAUUCCACUUCCACUGCAUCUCUCGAUGGCUGAAGACUCGGCAGGUGUGCCCACUGGACAAUAGAGAAUGGGAGUUCCAGAAAUACGGACAUUAAGAAAAAGUUAGCAUCGAAAGGAAAGUAACGUGGAGCUGCGAAUCUAUUUUGUCUAACAAGCAUACAGAGAAGAAAACAUGGCUAGAUCCGCAAAAAAUAUAACCCUCAAAAUAGACGAAAGGACAACUCAAGUAAUUGGACGUUUUCAACAACAAGAAGAGCGAAUCAUACGCUCAACAAUAAAUUAAACAGUCUUAUCUUAUGAGUUAACAUACAC